CCUUUCCAUCCCCCUUCUCUCUCCUCAUCCCAUUUCUCUCUAUUCAUCUUCCCCGCUCGCUCUCUUGCCUCCAGUCUUUCGGACCCUUCAUUACUUCUUCCAUCGCUUUUCCGCGAAAAUGGCUGAAACUACUCAGCCUAAACGCCAAAGAGAAGACGACCAUUAUCAAUGUGAGGAGGAUGCAAAGCGGCAUAAGUCAUACAAUCAAAUCCUUUCUAUUCUUGAAGAAGAAGAAGUUGAGCCUAACCAAGACUUGCUGGAUAUUUUUCAAAGUCUUCAGCAAGAACUCUCCUCCGCUUCAUUCUCCGUGGACCCUUUACAGGUUUCUGCCUCGGCGGCGGACGUUGACCACCGGAGCGGUUUUUCCGGCGAGUCGGAGUCCGGCAGCCCGAGCUCAAAAGAGGAUGAUGAAGAAGAUGAUGGAGUAAGAAUGAUGAGACAUCUUCUGGAAGCUUCUGAUGAUGAGCUUGGACUUCCCAAUAGAUCGGAGAGCGGUGAAGAGGAGAUUAAGAGUGGGGAAAACGCUUUGUUUUUGGGUGACGGGCUGUGGGAGUUUGAGGAUGAUGCUGCAAACUACUAUACUUUGCUGCAGUCUGAACUUUUCAUGUAGUUUUUGGGGGGGUUAGAGUGUAAUUUAGGAUAUUUUAGGGGGUGGGGUAUGAUGAGGAAAAUAUGGAGGGAAAAAGUGAAAGUGGAGGCUCUUUUUGGUUUUUCAUUUUUGUACCCUCUUCUUUUGUACAAUAUUAAAGUUAGCCCCACUGGAGUUAGAUGAUAAUCAGUGCUAAUCAUUAGAGUCAUUAGAUUUAUUAUCAAGAAAAAAGCUACUCAGUAGUGCCUUAGUUCAAUUUUGGACACUAAGGAUGUCCCUCAAUUUCCGGGGGGAUUUGCAAAAUGGGACCUCCUCUUGCUUUAACAUUUCAG